UUAUCACCACCUCCUCCUCUGGUCAGCUCCUAACUCAACCCGCCAUGUUCCGAACCCUGCUCUGCGUCAUCCUGUGGGGAGUAGUGGGGUCCAACAUCAGCCCAGCUCUGGAUGGACACUGGGAGCUGUGGAAGAAGGCCCACAAUAAAGCUUACUCGCAUCAGGUGGAGGAGUCAGGUCGGAGGCGCAUUUGGGAAGGGAACCUGCAGAUGAUUAACAUCCACAACCUGGAAGCUACCCUGGGCCUGCACGCCUAUGAGCUGGCCAUGAAUCACCUGGGAGACCUGACCAAAGAGGAGGUGAGCGGCACAUUCACUGGUAUGGUGGUGCCGUCUGACCUGGAGAGGAUCCAACUGAAUUUUAAUUGGGUGCAAAGCGUGCCGUCAUCGGUGGACUGGAGGAAGCAUGGACUGGUGACUGAAGUCAAAACGCAGGGUCACUGCGGCUCCUGCUGGGCCUUCAGUGCUGUGGGGGCGUUGGAGGGCCAGCUGAAGAAGAGAACGGGUAAACUGAUGUCACUGAGCCCCCAGAACCUAGUGGACUGCUCCAUGGACUUUGGCAACCAUGGCUGCCACGGCGGCUUCAUGACCAACGCCUUCCACUACGUCAAAAAGAACGGCGGCAUCGACUCGGACUGGGCCUACCCUUACACGGCCAAGCGUGGAGAGUGCAUGUACAAGCCCCAGGAUCGGGCUGCCAACUGCUCAGGUUACUCGUUCGUCCCCAAAGGAGAUGAAAACGCCUUGAAGGUGGCCCUCUCCAACGUGGGCCCAAUCUCGGUGGCCAUUGAUGCUUCUCACUCUCAUUUCCACUUCUACCGCCACGGAGUCUACGAGGACCAUGCAUGUAGCCACAAUGUGAACCACGGCGUGCUAGCUGUGGGAUACGGCACUGAAAAAGGAAGAGACUACUGGCUGAUCAAGAACAGCUGGGGUGUGAAAUUCGGUGACCAAGGUUACAUCAAGAUGGCUCGCAACAAACGGAACCAGUGCGGAAUCGCACUCACUGCCUGCUUCCCGAUCAUGUGACCUUAUUCUGUAUGACAUUUAAGCUUG